AUGGUGUCUGCAACGGCAGUUCGUCGUUUUGGUUACGUUGGUGCGGCAGCAAACUGGCUUAUACCCCUUGCUGCCAUUGUUAAUCUUCCUACGCGCAAACCCAGUGAGAUUGACCCUCUGAUGACCGGUGUUUUGGGAACGUACAGCGCAGUGUUUGUUCGAUGGUCGAUAGCCAUCUCGCCACCAAAUUAUCCCUUGUUUUUAUGUCACGCGACGAACUGCGUGGUGCAGGCCGCAACCCUUGUCCGAAAGGCAGUGUGA